UGCAGCCAGGUCCUGAGCUACGUCUGGGUGAACCCCCUGCCCCCGAGCCCCAUGGGCAGGCAGUGCCAACCCUGAUAGGGGACAGACUCCUACAGAGGCCGAAUGACGGAUGGACUGAAUUGGGGUAGGGGGAGGCGGGGGGCUGUGUCUCCCCUGUUUAACUCCUGUCUCUUGUUGAAAGCAGGGCGUGAAUUUCUCAAACCCACCAUCUGGGUGAGCCCCAGCAGGGUGGUGGUGCUCGGGGGAAGCGUCACCAUCCGCUGUGCGGGUUUGUACCCGGGCAUGGAGUUCUUUCUGCGUAAAGCUGGACGCCCGAACCUGCAGGAGCAGUCGGUGCCUGAUGGGACCGUGGCUGAAUUUCCCAUCCCCAGUGUCGGCCGGGAAGAUGGAGGGAGCUACACCUGCGACUAUCGCUCCAUAACGCAACAGAGUCGCUCAUCGCAUCCCAGCGACCCCGUCGAGAUCAUUGUAGGAGAGCCCAGCUACCCCAAACCCAACAUCUCCCUGCUGAGCCCCAGCGGGGGGGUCUCCCUGGGGGGAGCUGUGAGCGUCUGGUGUCGGGGGCAGCGCCAGGGCGUGCGGUUCGUGCUGAAUAAAGAGCGACGUCAUUUCCAGCCUGUGGAUUCGGACCGGUUGGAGGUUGUGUUUCCCAUCAGCAACAUGAGCCGGGAGGACGGCGGGAGCUACAGCUGCUCCUAUCACAGCACAUCGGAGCCGUUCGCCGUGUCGUACCCCAGCGACCCCGUGGAGCUGGUGCUGAGAGGCGGAUCGGAAUCGCCGGCACCUCCGGGUCUGACCAGCCCCAUCAUCACCGGGGCGAGCGCGGCAGCCGCCGGCCUCCUCCUUCUCCUCGUGGCCUUCGUCUGCUUCAGAAAAACCCGAGCCAGAAAAGGAGCCGCACCGAGACCGAGCAGCACCAGCCCCUUGGGGGUGUUGAAGACCCCAGCUCAGCAAGACACCAUCUACUCCUCCAUCGAUGAAGGGAAAGAGACGCAGACCCCGGAGCCCAACCCCGGUGCUGACGGACUCACCUACGCCGAGCUGGACUGUCAGGCGCUGCAGGCCAAGCCGGGGGGGCCGGCCCCUGCCCCUGAGCCUGCGCCUGUCCAGCCCAGCAUGUACGCCGCGAUCAACGUGAGCCAGGGGGCCCUGCAGUGA